AUGGAGAAAGUUUCUCGAAAGAUGAGCUUCUUGGCUACUCUUGUGAUGGUUGCAUCUUGUGUGCCAUUUUCAAAAACAACUGGAACUAAUGUCGAGGCGAUUGCUGCAGUUAAACCAGAAAAUUUUAAGGAGCUAAUCAAGCAAAAAGGUCCCUGUAAAAAUGAUCAUGAGUGUCUUCAAUAUUGUCCUCCACCCCAAUGCACUGAUAGGGAGUGCGAAAUUAAUGUGGGUCGAUGCGUAUGCUAUUGUCACCGUUAG